GUGAGCUCCACCUCGCGUCGGAGGAGAGGGCUGAAGGCUUCGCUCAGGGAGAGGUGGAGUCGGUGAGCUGGCCGGAGGUGAGCUCGUUGCUGGCGAAUGCGAGCUGGAUGUCUCCGAGUGUGGCCUCUUUGAGGCUGAAAGGAGUAGUUGGCGGCGACGGAGAAGAUUGAAGAAGCAGAAGAGGGUGGAGACGAAGUUCUGAUUGAGUGGAAUUUUCUUGGUCUCUGAGGUGAGAGUUGAGGUGGAGGAGGUCAGUCAAUCGGUGACCGGAGGAGGAAGGAGAGAGAGAGAGGAAGGAGAAUUGGCCUCUGACAUGUUCAUGGAGCUUACUUGUUUGAGCAGAGGCAGUGGCAUCCAUUUCCCACCUUGUUACGUAUUGGAUGUAUGUGGGAUUAGGAUCUUAAUUGACUGUCCAAUAGACCUCUCUGCCCUUGCAAUCUUUUCUCCUUUGCAUCAAGAAUCUCACGCCGUGGAAGACGAGGUGAAUUUAGAUUGUCUGGUCAACAAAUCCACUGAACCAGGGUCACCUGACCUAAAAAGGCAGAAGCUUGAGAAACACCUGAAUGCUGAUGCUCUAAUUCGUGCGGAACCUUGGUAUAAAACUGUCACGAACUUGCACCUCUGGAAUAUUGCUUUUAUCGAUGUCGUAUUAAUUUCAAGCCCCUCUGCGAUGCUGGGUCUGCCUUUUCUCACUCGACAUAAUGGGUUCUCUGCUAAGAUAUACGUGACUGAAGCGGCAGCUAAGCUCGGGAAGCUUAUGAUGGAUAACCUAGUCGCCAUGCACACAGAAUAUAGACAGUUUUAUGGACCUGAGGAAGCUGGUGUUCCUCAAUGGAUGAAUUGGGAGGAGCUUGAAUCACUUCCAUCUGCAUUGAGAGAGAUAGUUUUGGGCACUGAUGGUAUAGAGCUUGGUGGAUGGAUGCAGCUGUACAGUGCAGCUGAUGUUGAAGAUUCUGUUAAGGAGCUACAUACACUUAAAUAUGGUGAAGAGGUCUGCUACAACGGUGCUAUAGUUUUGAUAGCAUCUAGCUCAGGCUUGGAGAUAGGGGCGUGCAAUUGGACCAUUAAAUGUCCUAAUACAAGUAUAGCAUGUAUCUCGAACUCUGUGUUUGGUUCUGCUCAUGCUCUGGAAUUUGACUACCAUGCAGUUCAAGGGAACGAUGUGGUUAUUUAUGCGGAUAAUUCGUUCACCAGUAUCCUGGAACAUGCUGAUAUCGAUAGCAGUUCUACAGCUACAAACAUUUCUCUAUCUUUGAGUGUAUUCUAUUCCAGCGGUGGAGAAGAUAUCUUACUUGGUAUUGAUGAGACUAAAGAGGAAAGGGAGAAUCUGGACUACAUAUGCACACGUGUGAUAGCUUCCGUGAAAGCUGGUGGCUCGGUUCUUAUCCCCGUCGAUCGUCUUGGAAUGAUACUGCAGCUCAUGGAGCAGCUAUUGGUUCGACUGGAAAAUUCAGAUGUUAAGGUUCCCGUGUAUGUUCUUUCCUAUGUUGCAGAAGAAAUAUUGGCAUUUACCAAUAUAAUCCCAGAAUGGCUUUGCAAACAGCGGCAAGGACGGUUGUUUUCUGGAGAGCCAUUAUUUGGCCAUGUUGAGCUUGUGAAAGAAGGAAAAAUUCAAGUGCAUCGUGAAAUUUACUCGCCUAAACUUUUAGCUAAUUGGCAGGAGCCGGCCAUUGUGUUUUGUCCUCAUUGGAACUUACGACUGGGUCCAGCAGUCCACCUGCUUAGGCGAUGGCAUGGAGAUCAAAAUUCAUUACUUGUGUUGGAGGAUGAAGUUGAUUCGGGCAUAGCUCUCUUGCCUUUCUCGACAACUAUGAAGAUGGAGGUUCAUCGAUGCUCGUUUCUUUCUGGAAUAAAGUUAAAAAAGGUCCAACCCUUACUUGGGACCCUGCAGCCAAAGUUGGUUUUGUUGCCUGAAGACCUCUCGAAGCGAAUGAGAUGUUCAGAUGCAAAUUCAUUCUCUGUCAUUCACUACUCUGUCAAUGAAACAGUCCAAAUCCCAAGUCCUGACGAUGGUUUGGAUCUAGAUAUUGCACCAGAAGUGAUUCCACAAUUGCAGUGGAGAAGUCUAAGAGAGGAAAACUUGAGUAUUGCGAGAUUGAAAGGAAAGCUCGCCAUGCGUAAUGGCAAACAUCUAAUAUUUCCUAGAGAUGAGCUGGCACACCCAAAAAGUGAACCACUGCUCCACUGGGGUUCGCCUGAUUUACAGAGGCUUCUUACUAGUUUGUCAGAGAUGGGGGUGAGUGGAUCUUUACUAGAGAACAGUGGAAACAAAGAGAGGGGAACUGCCACUGCCAGUAUUGUACACAUCCAAGAGCCAAAUAAGGCUCUUGUUGAAGUUCGAGAAACAGGAACUACGAUUAUAACUUCAGACAAAAAGUUGGCUUCCCUCAUUUUUGAAGCAGUGAGCUGCGUUUUGGAUGGAGUUUGAUAACAUCACUUGGAAGUGCUUAUCAUGUCCAAUUCAGCUCGGGUCACAAUGGCUCUGGUGAGCAUAUCUUCAUCUGUCCCGAUCCCUAUAAUGGAGUUUUGGACUACCUCAGCGAAGUGCCUCUCGGGAGAGUCCAGACAAAUGAUUAUCACCCUCAGGAGAUUCUCCAAAUCGCCCUUCCCGCUGUUCUUGAUGUCCUGUCAGGGAAGAAAAGAAGUUCUACCUAAAGGAGGAGGAGAAACAAAGAGGGGAAUGGACAGCUAAGAUUUACAUGCAGAAAUCUGACCUCUUCGAUGGGAUUCCCAAAUUUCUUCGUGUAACAUUGGAAGGUUGCUCGAAGUUGGAAGACGUUUCUUGUACUGAGGAUCCACACGACGUAAUCAUGGUCCAGUUGCUUCUUGUCAAUUGCAUUGUGCAGGAGGUCAGCCUCCGAAUUAGCCACAUCCAUGCUUAUGACCUCCUUAUCGUACCUGUAGGAGCUGACCAACCCAACAAGGAUCUGUAGAAAGCAAAACAUUGUGACCAUAUGUCAGAAUUCUCCCAUUUAUUCGUUUUUCUCUUCAGUUAUCAAGUUAAGAUAAAGAAAUCA